UUCAGAGGACCCGUACACGUGGCGAUUUCUCAAAUCACCAUGUCUGUGGACUUUUUCUCAAAAGCAGCUGAACUCAGCUACAGAGGGCUUGUAGCCGGGUAGAGAAUAACGUGUGAAUGCCCCUAAAAGAUAAGCUGCACACGCUGAUAUUCUGUCCUUCUAACACAAAUAGCUGGAAUACAAUAUUUAAAUAUAUUACAAAAAGGGGAAAAAAGUAAAAGCCAUGUCUUCCUCAGCACUUGGUAAUCCAUAGGAGCGGUGGUUAGACAUCUCUGCAUAGCGUGCUCCCAUUUCUUGAGAGACGAGACAGAGCACCAACUCGCUCCUCCGCAAUCGAGCGAUGAACACGUGAGACGGUAAGGCUGACCAAUGAGGAGCAGAGCUCAGCGCGACCUAUCUCGCGCCCUCAUCAGUGCCUGGCUGCAUCUCCUGUGUGAACUUUGUGGCGCCGGAGGUCUCUGAACCGGAAGCCGUGGGCGGGGCCUCGAGGGCCCGCUUCCUGGCCGGUCGCUGGCUCCCCUCCCCCUCGACGCGCUUUGUCCCCGCCCCCUCCCUCUGCUCUGUUGCUGCGGCCGCUCGGGCGGGCGCUUCCAUCCUGGUAUUUCGGAGCCUCCAUCCUGGUUUCUCAAGUGCCCGGACCCAAAACAGGAAAUUUGAGUAUGAGCACAGUUGAAGAAGAGUCUGACACAGUGACAGUAGAAACCGUGAAUUCUGUGACUUUGACCCAAGACACUGAAGGAAAUCUUAUUCUUCACUGCCCUCAGGAUGAGGCAGAUGAGGUAGACUCUGAAGACAGCAUUGGACCUCCUCAUAAAAGGCUUUGCUUAUCAUCCGAAGAUGACCAAAGUAUUGAUGACACCACUCCAUGCAUUUCUGUUGUUGCAGUUCCAAUUUCAGAAAGUGAUCAGAGCUUUGAGGUGACUAUGACUGCUACCACUGAGGUAGCUGACAAUGAAGUUAAUGAAGGAACUGUUACUCAGAUCCAGAUACUCCAGAAUGAACAACUGGAUGAAAUCUCUACUCUAGCUAAUGAAGAAGUGUCAGCAGUUAGUCAAGCUUGGUUUACAACGAAAGAGGACAAGGAUUCAUUAACGAAUAAAGGUCACAAAUGGAAGCAGGGAAUGUGGUCGAAGGAAGAAAUAGACAUUUUGAUGAGCAACAUUGAACGUUAUUUAAAGGCACGUGGAAUAAAAGAUGCCACAGAAAUCAUCUUUGAGAUGUCAAAAGAUGAAAGGAAAGAUUUCUACAGGACCAUUGCAUGGGGUCUGAACCGGCCUCUCUUUGCUGUUUAUAGACGAGUACUUCGCAUGUAUGAUGAUCGAAACCACGUUGGCAAGUACACGCCUGAUGAAAUUGAAAAACUCAAGGAGUUACGGAUAAAACAUGGUAAUGACUGGGCGACUAUAGGAGCUGCCCUUGGUAGAAGUGCUUCUUCGGUAAAAGACCGAUGCAGGCUGAUGAAGGACACCUGCAAUACGGGGAAGUGGACAGAAGAAGAAGAGAAGAGAUUAGCAGAAGUGGUACAUGAAUUAACCAGCACAGAGCCCGGUGACAUUGUCACACAAGGGGUAUCUUGGGCUUCUGUGGCAGAACGUGUUGGGACGCGAUCUGAGAAGCAGUGCCGUUCCAAAUGGCUCAACUACCUAAACUGGAAACAAAGUGGAGGCACCGAAUGGACUAAGGAAGAUGAAAUAAACCUGAUCCUUAGAAUAGCAGAGCUAGAAGUAUCUGACGAAAAUGAUAUCAACUGGGAUCUGCUGGCAGAAGGCUGGAGCAGUGUGCGCUCACCGCAGUGGCUUCGCAGUAAAUGGUGGACGAUAAAGAGGCAAAUUGCAAACCACAAAGAGGUGUCGUUUCCUGUUCUUAUAAAAGGUCUGAAACAGCUUCAUGAAAGCCAAAAAAAUACUCCAGGGCACCAACUUUCAGAGACUAAAUCUUUACCUGGGUUGCCAAAUGCUCAUUCCGGUUCUGGGGUUCAGCAUGUGCAGAUUCGAGUGGCUCGCCUGGAUGAGAAUUCGGGUAAUUCUCCAAGCCCCAUGGCCGCUUUACAGAUUCCAGUCCAGAUUACCCAUGUCUCUUCUGCUGAUUCCCCUGCUGCCUCUGUUGACUCAGAGACUAUAACGCUAAAUAGUGGGACACUACAGACCUUUGAGAUUCUGCCAUCUUUCCAUCUACAGCCUACUGGAACUCCAGGCACUUAUUUACUCCAGACAAGCUCAAACCAGGGAUUGCCUUUGACACUGACCACGAGCCCAACAGUAACGCUAACAGCUGCCACAGCACCAGCCUCACCAGACCAGAUCAUAGUCCACGCCUUAUCUCCAGAACACUUGCUGAACACCAGUGAUGUCACAGUACAGUGUCAUGCACCAAGCGUCAUAAUCCGCACCGUUGCAGCAGAAGAAAUUUCUCCCUCCAUAGCCCAGGCGGAACUUACUGUCGAUUCAGACAUUCAGCCAGUUGACUUGGACCCUCCAGCUUCUCUGGAAGUAGGUGCUUUUCCAGAUGACAUCCACCCAUCCAAGCUGGCUGUAGAAGAGCAGUCUGCAUAUAACGAAGGCGACUCCUCCAAAUUUGAUGGCAGGAGUAGCACUGAACUCAUUGACAGGGUUAUGGUAAAAGCUGGAGAAGAGAUUUUGCACGCAGACCUCAAGUGUGAAGAGGAUUGUCAGUCUGAAUUGGCUGGAACCUAUGUUUCUGAGGAUCUCAGUUCUCCAACAACAGAAGAACAAGUUGAACAGUCUGCCAUGGAUGAAACUGUCCUCAUUGUACCCUCUCCUCGUGGCUUUAUACAGACGUCGGAUGAUAUAGACAGUGAAUCAGUCUUGCCUCUGACAACACUAACAGAUCCAAUACUGCAACACCACGGAGAGAACUCCCAUAUUAUCGGCUCCUCUUUGGAUAGCCCUGGUUCUGAAGACUCGAAGGAGGUUGAAGAUUUAGUGAGCUGUCACUAAGUACAUCCCACGGUGUCACAAAAAGAACUGUCUUCAGUGCUGAACCACCUUUCCAAAGAAAGGAAAGCAUUUUCUGGAACAGCUUCAGUCCACCUUUACUGGGCACAGAAGCAUGCUGAUAUGCUUUUAAAGGAUUAUAGCCACAGCUGCUCAACCCAAGGUUUUCGCUUCUUACCAAGCUGUCCCUUUGUGGUCAUACCGAUCCCUAACUAGGCUGCUUGGGCCUUGAACCAGAUUUUGGUAAGGAGGGAGUUAAAUGCUGUAGGUCAAUAGCGCAGUAGCAAGCAAGUCUUGUUAGCAAGGGAAGCAGUUAGUGUGCAUCAAUUUCAGGACAAAAUAUAGCAUCAGUGCAGUCACUACAGAAAACGAGUGGCAGUAGAGAUCUGUUUUUCCAAUCUUUAAUUUGCUGGCAUGGAUCCAAGCCUGUGAUUGUCAUGGUUACUAAGGAAUCUGUUGCUGGCAAUGGAUGUAGUAGCCCCAGAAUUAGUGGAUGCAGUGCUGAAAUUUAUCCGUUCAUCGCAAGAACAGGAGAAGAAAAGGAAACAUAAGACUGUUAACUCCCCCUCUUUCCCAUGCAAUAAACUCAAAGUCCUUCCAGCUGUUAUGCAGAACUCUACUAUAGAAACCAAAAACACCUCCACAACUGAAUUAAUUAUAGUGGGUGGGGGGUGCUUAGUACUGUCUGGACCAGCCUUUUACAGCAACUCUGCUGCGCCAGCUCAGUAGUGAUUUAUUCCUGGCCACACGUGAGGGUUGUAAAAGGAGACGCUGAGCUGAGCUUGGAGUCUAACUUGGGUGGGAAACAUGACUCGACACUACAAGGAUAUGUAAAAAAAUAACUCUAUUUAUUGCUGUAAUUAGCUUCCUCGGAAGUCGGUUUGUCUUUAUUCUGUGGCUUUUUGUUCAUGUGCAAAUGACAUUGUUGUUAACAGAAGCAGCUGGUUGCUUAGAGAGGCAACAGAAAUAACUGUUCGAUUUAAUACAAACAAGAACCUAUUUGUCUUCUGUAACAGUAGGAUGCCUUUUUAUUUAUACUGUAGUACAGACAUUUGCUGUGCUGCAGUUUUUGUACAGUGUAAUUAAAAAAAAAGCGUUUUCCCCACAAGGAAAAUGCUUGUGCCAUUCUG